AUGUCUGAAGCUUGGAAGAUGACAGAAUUAAAGGAGAACAAGAAAUGGAAACUAUUUCACGCCACAGAUUUCAUGUCGCUGGUAUACCCUUGCCAUUUCAUCGCAAAUAUAUUCGGAAUUUUUCCUUUCAAAUGUGCCUCUUCAGGAUAUACCUUUUCAAGAAUUCGUGUCAUUUAUUCAAUGACCAUUUUGGCCACGUUCCUGAUCGCGGUAUUCUAUAUGGUAUAUGAAAUUGAUUUCACCUCGCCGGUAUCCAAUACUCUACCAAGGAAACUGUAUCAGAGUUCGUAUCUCAUCAUGUGUGGAAGCGCUGUCUUGUUAACGUACGGGCAACAUAAAGCGAUACUGUGCUUUCUUCAGGAGCUCACUGAAGCGUCCUCCAUGGUCGCACCAAAGGACUUCAACGACAUGGCGAUAUUCGUUCAUUCAAAGGAUAUUUUUGUAUUUUUAUUUCUCUCAAGUCACGUCUUCAAUUGCUUUAAAAGUGGAUUCACGUUUAUGACAGUGAAAAAUGUUACCACUCUAUUCAUGAUUUUGGUGAACUUCAUCAUGGACAUGUUCUACAUUAACUCGGCGUGCGUUUUAAAAGCAUGCUUCAUGAAAAUCAACGAAGAUCUUAAUAAACUUCGAAAACCCAUCACCAAGACAUUUCUGCGCCACAAACAGAGGACUGUCUCGUUGCUGAUGAAAUUGAAGAAUUUAGAGGGGAAACACCUGCAGGUCACUGAUAUUCUACAAUUACUGAACAAAAUAUUUAUCACGCAACUCAUAGUAACAGCUGUAAAGACUUUUAUUGUUGUUACUUUUGAUUUGUACUUCUGUUUAGUAUGGGUCAGCGGUGGGGAAAUAGGUCGAAAAAAUCUACAUUUUUGGUACUGGCCCUAUAUUCCUCCUAUCAUAUAUAAUUUUUUAAAAUUUGUUACGUUGAUUUGGGCGUGUGAAACGGCGACUAAUAAAGCCGAAGAAAUCCGUACUACUCUUCACGAUGCCCUAGGCGGAGCGACCGAUUUGUCGGUGAAACGCGAGCUGGAGCUUUUCUCGCUGCAAUUACUACACUGUGACACUACGUUUUCAGCGAAAAUAUUCGAUAUGAACGCGUCGCUUCUUGCAGAGGUUUUUGAUUCGGUGUUCGAUUUGAAUUUGAUCUAUUUGGUUGUUGAUCUGUCCUAA